AAUAAGGCCCUCGGUCUGUGACGUAAUUCCCCCGCGACUGGAAUCAUUCAAAACAAUAAUCCGUUUGAUAUUUCAGUUUUACACUAGUAUUUUAUUCGAGAGCGGAACACAAUGGCGUUGGAAACUGUCCCCAAAGACCUGCGCCAUCUGCGAGCCUGUCUCCUUUGUUCUUUAGUGAAGACCAUCGACCAGUUUGAAUACGACGGCUGUGACAACUGUGAGUCGUACCUCCAGAUGAAGGGGAACCGGGAGAUGGUUUAUGAAUGCACAAGCUCCUCGUUUGAUGGUGUGAUAUCCAUGAUGAGUCCUGACGACAGCUGGGUAGCUAAAUGGCAGAGGAUAGGCAACUUUAAGCCAGGUGUAUAUGCAGUGUCGGUAACGGGCAGACUACCUCCAGGUGUGGUGAGAGAGUUGAAAAGCAGAGGAGUGAUCUACAAAUCCAGAGACACAGCAGUGAAGUCAUAAACCCGACGAGUUCCAGUUGUCUGUUCAGUGACACCAUAGCCGUGUGCGAUUACAGCGACAACUCCCAGAAAGAAUGAACAAAUGUGGGACUGUACCUGAUCAUGUCUGUGACGUUGUAACAAACUGCCCAUCACUUUGUGUUUGAUUCAAAAUAUUAGCAUCGGUGCAUAUAGGGGAGAAGAAGUGGCUGUUUUUUUGUAUUUCUUGGAUAAAUGAGGAAAAUAAAAGGUCUUUUGUUUAUAAGAAAUGUGAGUUAUGGUUUAUAGCAAAGUUGAUUCGGGGACAAGCAUUUGUUUAUCCAGUUGACAGUGACCGACAUGGCAGGUGUCACAUUUGUGACCCGGUUCAAAAGAUGAUUACGCACACUCUCUGAUAAAUUGUCAAUAGCCAGAAAUUCUUGUUAGGAACAACUUUAUACUAGUAAGAAAAUAAGAAGAAAACUCAUCAAGGUCCACAGUGUACAUUUCACACAAGCACAUUUGUCAACUUGUUUUUGCAUAAUACAAUAACUUUGACUGAUUUCAUACACCAGAGAAGAGAAAGUAAAGAUUCGUAUCACAAUACGA